AAGAAAAAAGAAAAUUAAAGUGAAAACAGAUUUUUGAAUUUUCUGUUUUUUGUUCGUUUUUUUUAAUUUUUUUUUUGAAAUUAAAUUCGCUUCCCUUUGGAAUAUCUCCAACACAAACACACAUACAUACAUAUAUUUGCUCCCCACUUUCUGCAAUUAUAACAAAAAGAACAACAAAAUACAAAAAAAAAAAAACUGCAGAUAGCGACAACGAACGUCUGCAUGUGAAAAUACACUUGCUUGGAAAUACAGUGAUAUAAAUUUCUACCUAUACCAACAUAAAGAUAAUACAUACAAAUAAAAAAAAGCAAACAAAAAAGUGCAUGUUGAAAAAUUAUCGUUCGGUGUUUUCUUGUGGACAAAUAUAAAAAAAAAUGAACCUAAGAUAUAAAUAAAAUAAAACAACAACAACAAUACAAAAAUCAACCCGACGACGCAGUGGUUCGUCUCAACAUCGCCCUCAGGAAUUUUUGCUUGUUCAACUUUUUUUUGGUGUGUUUGAGGAGCUCAAAGAGCCCCAAAAGGAGCAAAUAAACCCCAUUGUAGCAGUUACUUUAUUUUUCUGCAGCGUUAUUAUCGGCGUUCCGAGUGUGCCUAUAUUUGCCACAUCACCUUAAAUAAAAUGGCAGAAGGAAAUGGCGAAUUGGUGGAUGAUAUGGUAACCCCAAAAUCAGAAGACCGCGGUGAUGGAGAGAGAACAGAAGAUUAUCCAAAGCUGUUAGAAUAUGGCUUAGAUAAAAAAGUUGCCGGGAAACUAGACGAUAUUUAUAAAACAGGUAAACUAGCGCACGUUGAAUUAGAUGAGCGUGCGUUAGAUGCUCUCAAGGAAUUUCCGGCAGAUGGUGCCUUGAAUGUAUUAAGUCAGUUCCUUGAAUCAAAUUUGGAACAUGUAUCGAACAAGUCUGCGUAUCUUUGUGGUGUUAUGAAAACAUAUAGACAGAAAAGUCGAGCUAGCCAACAAGGUGUACCGACACCCUCCACAACAGCGCAAGUAAAAGGUCCUGACGAAGAAAAAAUCAAAAAAAUCCUAGAACGUUCUGGUUACACAUUAGACGUUACGACAGGUCAACGUAAAUAUGGCGGUCCUCCUCCAAAUUGGGACGGUCCAACACCAGGCAACGGUUGCGAAGUUUUCUGUGGCAAAAUUCCAAAAGACAUGUUCGAAGAUGAGCUUAUACCAUUGUUUGAAAACUGUGGUACAAUAUGGGACCUCAGAUUAAUGAUGGACCCAAUGACUGGUACAAAUCGUGGUUACGCAUUCGUAACAUUUACAUCCCGCGACGCUGCAAUUAAUGCAGUUAGACAGCUCGAUAACCAUGAAAUAAAACCUGGCAAGUGUCUGAAAAUUAACAUUAGUGUACCGAACCUGCGCCUUUUUGUAGGCAAUAUACCUAAAUCAAAAGGCAAAGAGGAGAUAUUAGAGGAAUUUGGUAAAUUAACAGCCGGCCUUGUUGAAGUUAUAAUCUAUAGCUCACCAGAUGACAAAAAGAAAAAUCGAGGUUUUUGUUUCCUUGAAUAUGAAUCACAUAAAGCAGCUUCGUUGGCUAAACGAAGACUGGGAACUGGUAGAAUUAAGGAAUUACAGGUUUGGGGAUGUGAUAUAAUUGUUGAUUGGGCUGAUCCACAGGAAGAGCCCGACGAACAGACAAUGUCAAAAGUUAAAGUUUUAUAUGUUAGAAACUUGACACAAGAUGUUAGCGAAGAAAAACUGAAAGAACAAUUUGAGCAAUAUGGCAAAGUAGAACGCGUCAAAAAAAUAAAAGACUACGCUUUUGUGCAUUUUGAAGAUCGUGAUAAUGCAGUUAUUGCAAUGCGAGGCCUUAAUGGCAAAGAAGUUGGAAUGUCAAAUAUUGAAGUUUCACUUGCCAAACCACCAUCAGAUAAAAAAAAGAAGGAAGAAAUUCUUCGGGCCAGAGAACGUAGAAUGUUGCAGAUGAUGCAAGGUCGCCCAGGAAUAGUCGGUAACCUGUCACCAACACACCCCAGCAUGAUGCCAAUGGCUCCUAUGAGACUACCAGGGGGUCCAAGAAUUCCUAUACGAGCACCAAUGGCUCGGGAUUAUGAUUAUGAUUACGACUUUUAUGGUUAUUCGGAUUAUCGUGGCGGAUACAAUGAAUCAUUUUACGAUGAAUAUUACCGAACUUACGAUGGAGAAUACUACUUUGACUAUCCGCCAAGCGGGGUCUCACCAAUUCCAAGUGGAGGACCGCCCGCUGGUGAACCGCAUAGAACGGCAAGGAACAAUGUGGAGGGGGAUGGUCGUGGGCGUGGAAUCAUGGCCACGCGUGGCCGAGCCGCUGGGCUCCGUGGCAACAUCCAUCAUCUGGGGGGCCUCCAAGCGGUGGUGGUGGGGGCGGCGGCAGUUCAGCGGGUGGUGGCCACCGCGGGGGCGCAGGCAGCAACCGGGGGGGUUCGUGGGGCGGGACAAAUUCGUCCCAACGCUCUUGGCACCCAACGCGCCAAACCACUACAAAAUUUACCAGUAGUAGUCGGUAAACGUAAGUUUGAUGGAGGUCACCAAAAUCCAGGAGAUUCAAAGCGACGUUACGCAAGCGGUUUAAUAGGAAAUGGUGGUGGGAGUUGGAGUAGCUUACCGUUGCCUCAACAACCCUUGGGCACAAACGGUGAACAAUGGUAUACUGAUACUUUUCCAACAUGGAGUUAAAAACAAAAUAAAUAAUUUUAAAAAACAACCAACAACAGUAAUAACAAAAAAAAAAAAACAAAAAUACACGCAACAACUUUCAUAAAAAUAAUAAAAAUAACUACGUAAAAAAAAAUUUAACUUCUAAUAUUCGUCCUUUAAAAAUUUUACUAUUAACAAAACUUUUAAGAUAUAAAUUUCCCGAUAAUUUAUACAAAAAAAAAAAAUAAUAAAUUCUAGUAUUCUUAAUCGCAAACUAAAUGUAUAAAAAAAAAAUCACAACACUCAAAAGAAUUAAACUAAAUUUUUUAACCUUAAAUAAUUAUUGUUGAUUUUUAAAACAAUUUGUUUUAUUUUAGUUUCAUUAUAACUAAAAAAUAUUAAAAAAAAAAAAAAAUAUUUGAGAAGACUGUGCGUGAUAAUUCAAACUUAACGAAACAAAAAUGUACGCACUCUUUUUAUACAUAACUAGAUAAUUGCAUAAGAGAUAUUGUAUAUAGAAAUUUAAAAAAGAAAAGCUAAAAUGAAUUAAAAAAACGACUGACAAUUUCUUUUUUUUAAGAAAAUCGUUUUCUAUUGCUAGAAUUAAAUCAUUAAAGAAAAUUAUAUAAAUAAUAUAUUAUCGGGGUUGAUCAGAAAGCUGGUGCAUUAUUAUAUAAUGUUGCCACAUCUGUCAUGACAAGGUAACAUAAAAAAAAAAAAAUGAUUUUAAAACGUUAUAUAUUUAUGAAAAAAAUUAAAAAAAUUAUUUCGCUCUGUUUAAGACAAAAAAUAAUCAAAAAAAAUUUUAAAUUUACUGUUUAUCUUUUGUUUUCUUUGUUAUAAUUGGUAAAACUAAAUUUUUAAGUACUGAACAAAAAAACAAAACAAAAAAAUUCUUCAAAUUAACAAUAAAAGUGAGAAAAAUAUACAUACAUCUAUAUAUUUUUUUUAAAUAAACAACCGACUUAGCAGCAACGAAUUAGAAACAUCACAGAUUUUUUGAAUCUAAGUAAUCCUAACACUUUUUUUGAUAGUGAUUGUAGGCGUAUUAAAUAUAUAUUAUAUCCAUGUUAAAAUAAACGAGCAAAAAAAAAACAUAAAAAAUAAAAAUAUUAAAUGAAAAUCAACUUUUGAAAAAUCAGUCCUAGCCAUAGUUUGUAACCAAUUUCUACUCUUUGAAAAUGAAAAUUUUAAAAAAUAGUAUGUAAAAACGGGAGAACAACAACAAAUGCAACACCACUCCACACCACCAUUUCUGUUUUGUUAGAAGUUAAAAUUAAUUCUUAAUGAUAAAUGCCCACAGUUUUUAUUUAAACAAAAACAAAAAAUGUCUAUCUAUUCAAUUCAAAUAUAAUGUGUAACACUGAAAAUUUUGUUCUUUUUCUCUCUAUAUAUUUAAUUCCCACUAAAAAACAGUCAAAUAUUGCGAAUGUCAAAAUAAUAAAAAUAAAAAAAAAAAAUAAUAUAAUUAUGUAAGGAAAAAUGUAAAAAACCGACUGACAUUAUUAUUAUUAUUAUGUAUAAAUAAUAUAUAUUUUUAAAUUUGGCAAAACUUAAAAAAAUUAAUAAUUUUUUAAGUGUAUAUUGCCUUACUUACGGCGAAAAUGUAUUUUAUGUAAAAUUUUUAAAAAGAAAGAAAAAAAUUGUUAAAAUGUUAUUUUUACUUUUUUGUUUGUAAUUUCUUAAUUUUAAUUUGGCAAAAAUAAAAAAUAAAAUGAAUAUUCUAUCUAAGUUUUUUUGUUUGUAGAAAAAUUUCUUUAUUUGUUUAAAAGUUUACAUACGCAUUAACAUUAUGUGUAUUUCUUUGUUAGUUCGUGCUAUUAAAAAAUUGUUUUGUGCAUUGCAAAUGGUGAUAUUGUAUCGUAAAAGAGGGACAAAAAUAAUAGGUAAUACAAAACAUUAAAAUUCAACUAUAUAGUUCGGACUCGAAAUUGUGAUGAUUUCUUUUUUUGAAUACAAAAAAAAAAGAACAUUUUAAAAACAUUUUGUACGAAAUUUUAUAAAAAUAAAAAUAAAUAAAAAAACAAUUUGAAAAAAAGAACAAUGUUGUGAAAUUUAAUAAUAAAAAAAAAAUACAAUUUGGAUCGAAGAAUAUUAAAUUCAAAUUUAAAAACAGAAAAAAUCCGAAGGAUUUGUUAAUGUAUGUAUACACAUAUUUAUAAUUCUAAUUCAUAUAUAAUAUUUAUACAAAAAAUAACAAGUGUGUAGAGAAAAAGGACAAUAUUUUAUUUUUUCAUUCAUUUUAAUGUUUUCAAUAUUCUUUUUUUUUUAAUCAAUUUUUUAUUAAACCUUAAGUAUCAAUAGAAAUAUAUACAUAUAUAAAAGAUUUAAAUAAAAAUAUAAACGCAUUAAGGACAUUAUCGAAAGAAAAAAAAAAAAAAACAAAAAACAUUUAUAAUCCAUAUUCAACAAUUACACAAAAAAAUUAAUCUAGAAUUAAUUCUUAAUACAUAAUUAAAAAAACAAAGUAAGAAUUAUAUUUGUAGUAUAUUCAAAAAUUGAAAUUGAAGAAAAAAACAAAAACUAAACAAUAAUUAAAAAAAAUCAUUACUUAUAUAAAAAAAAAUAAUAAAAAAAAAAAAACAAAUAAAGAAUUCAAAUUGAAAAGCUUAACAUAAAUAUAUGAGAUACAAACACCAUACAUACAUAACUUUCCAAUUGAAUACAUUUCGAUUAUUUUUAUGUUUUUCUGUGCAAGGCUUUGGGUAAAUUAAAAACACUAUAAUUUUUUUAAACAAAUCCAAAAACUCACUAAAAAAAUAAUAUUAGACAAAAAAAAAACAUAUAAAAAUAAUCCCAAUUCAAACACACGAAAAAAAAACAAUAGUUUAAAAAAAUAAAAUUGUUUUAACUUUCUCACAAUGUCUUUGUAGUCAAGUAGACAAACACAGCAACAACACAGCCACACAUCAUAAAUGCUAAAAACGUAUCACUUUUAAUGAAAAUUAAGAAAUUAUAAUAUUAUACUUAAGAAAAAAAAUUACAUUUUGUUACGUUUUUUUUUGUAUUUGUUGUUAAAUAAUAUUCUUUGGUAAAAAUUUAAAGAAAAAAAUUAAUAUCUGAUCAUAUACAUAUACAAAAAAAUGCAAUAAAAAUUAUUUCCGAAAACAUUAUUUGAAUGUAAUACCUAUCUAAACCUGAUUUCUUAAUUGUGAUUGCACUUCAUAUUUUCAGCAGAUUUUCUUACUUAACUUUAUAUAUCAAACAAAAAACUGAAAGUGCUUUAUUUUUUUUUUAUAUAAUUUAAGCUUAAUUUAAAUUUUAAAGUGAAAAAAAACUCUGUUAUGUCUAUGAAUUUUUUAAAAAUAAUAAUUUGAAAAAGAAACAAAACAAUUUCAAUACCUACAUAAUCUUAUAAAAUAUCAAAAUAGAAAUAGAAGAAAAAAAAAAUGAUGAAAAAUUAAACCGCAGCUUAAUAUCCCUGAUGACCUCUUCAAAAAAUUUAAUAAUUAAGAGGAGGAAUUAAAACUAAAAAAAAAAAAAAAACAUUAAAA